AUCGUCCGCCAUUACAUUUCUAGAGUUUGCGUAAAUUGGUCGUUGCCGUGUGCGAUCAUCAACCCACAUCGGUUAUCAGUGACAUUUUACGUGCGUCGUGUCGCAGCGUUUCGUUAGAACAAAGAGACUGUACGUUCAAUCGUAUGUCCAUCCAGAAUCUCAACACAUUCGACCCGUUCGCCGAUGCUAUCAAAAGCUCGGAAGACGACGUUCAAGAUGGAUUAGUCCACGUCCGAAUCCAGCAGAGGAACGGGCGUAAGACGCUGACGACGGUGCAGGGUCUGUCAUCGGAAUAUGACCUGAAGAAGAUCGUGCGGGCAUGCAAGAAGGAGUUCGCGUGCAACGGGACCGUGGUCGAGCAUCCCGAGUACGGAGAGGUGCUUCAGUUACAAGGCGACCAGCGCGAGAACAUUUGCCAGUGGCUCACCAAGUCUGGACUGGUUAAGCCCGAGCAGCUCAAGGUGCACGGCUUCUAAGCCGCGCCGCGGUCGUCCGACGACCUAACAUGUCCGCAUCGUGAAAUCAUCAUAGUCCUCUAAAUAAAAUGAGAACGUGCGCGUUAUAACCCUAUCGAAAAUGUAUUUAGAAAGCACUGAUGUUUACAGAGAAAAUCGUAUAACGAGGCUUAGGCCUCCCGCGCCCUGUGCCUUUCUGACUCCCGUGUAUAAAGUAAAUAUUUUCGAGCGACGCUCCCGCGUUUCUGGAAAACUUUAGUUGCAAUUGUACGCCGAACGAAAUAGUAAUAAUCACUUUGUUUUUUACGACAUUAAUACUUAUUAAAUUGCUGUAAUGAUUAUAUGAUGUGUCUCAAUUAAACAUGUUUUUCUAAGAA